CGGCGACCGGCGAGUUCUUGUGAACGCAGGAUUCGCUGAAAUUGCCAAGUGCGCUCAUCCUUGACAGAAAUGUGCGAAAGCGCCGUCAAAAUUGACAUGCAGUCGGUAUAGAUGUGCACCGCAACCGAUCCGCGUAGUUUCGUAACGAAGUCCAGAGCCUCCGCAAAAGCAAUGGUCUCAGCGCUGUAUAUGCAAAAAACAGUUUGAGUAUCUUCAAGCGACGGCAAACAACAUUACCUUUGUUCUGUCGAGCUACGUGGGAUUCGCAUAUUUUUGAACUCUGGCUAAAGUUAGCUGGGACACCCUGUAUAUACGAUCACGCCUUCCGCUCGGCAUCAUUUAAAAAUAAAAUUUUCUGUUAAUAAUUCGAAUGGGUCCGUACUGAACAGUCACAGCGUCCCCGUGCUUUUACUUAGGUUCAAAAAUCGGAUAUAACUAAAUAUUUAUAUUUAUGUUUUACUUUUUUGAAAAGACGGUAUAGAUCGAAUGCCGUGUGAUCUAGGUUCGUGGCUCGUACUAAAGCAGCACAAAAAAAAAAAAAAAGCGCUCCGCAUAUGUUGGGGAGAUAUAUGUGCGCGCCCUUACGACGGUCGAGAGAAGCAAGCAGAUUUGUGAUUGACGGUCGCUCAUCACAGCGUUCAGGCGAGUUCAACGCAGCGCGCUCCUCUGCGCAGGCACGCAACCCCGUCCUGCGCGCCGUGUGGCUGGUGCCGCUGCUCAGCUGCUGCUGCUGGGCCGGCUUGGCGCUGGGAGCUCUGCCCGCGCUGGCGGAAGGCGGAGUCGGGCCCCUGUGGCGCGUCGUCUCCAGCUCGAGCUACUACAUCGCCGACGUGAGCUUCCCGCAGCCGAGAAGCCGGCGGGCGUUCGUACCUUCACCCCCCUAUUGCCCCGAGACGGGACGCACUGUUUGUGCUCAAGUGGACGACUAUCCCACGGACUACAUCUACCACGUGCUGCUGGGCAGCAAGAGCAAGCACUUCAACCUGUCCACGCUGUUCUCGGACGAGCGACUGGGCGACUCGCAGCCCAACCGUGCGCUGCUGCCCGACCAGCCGCGCACCGACAGCUUCGUCGUGUACCAGACGGCCGUCCACUACGACUACGAUCAGCAGGGCAGAUCGCCGCACCACCAGGGAGGCCAGCAUCGCAGACCGCCGCCGCGCCAGCACCGAAGGCAGCAGCAGCAGCAUCAGGAGCCGCAGUUCCACCACCACCAGCCGCCGCACCAGGACGGCGACGAUUGGGCCGACACCACGAUCGUGCUUCCGCCAACGUUUGUCUACCACAAAAGAGACCUGGUGAAGCGGGCGCCCGAGGUGGACCCGGCCUGUCCCGUGCGCACCAUGUUCGUGUCGCCCAAGGCCGGGCUCAGCGACCGUUCCCAGUGGAAGUACGUGGUCAAUCUGCAGGACAGGGACCCUUCGGCUAAGCAAGUCAUCCGCGUCGACGUCUGCAGGUCCCCGGACACUGCCUGCUCGAACGCGAUCAGCUUGCCUUUCGGCUACACCAGCCGCUGCACGCAGAAGUACUUGAAGAAAAAGCUGCUCUCGCUCGACUCGGACGGCAGCGGCACGUCGGAGGAGAACUUCUUCGUGCCUUCCUGCUGUGUCUGUGAACUCGUCCGCGAUGUGGGCAAGAAGUAGCGCCCCUUCCCGGAUCGCGCGUGCCGGGGGGAUGGUGAACGGGGUGUGUGUUGAAGUGAAUGCGGAGAUCAGACUUGGACCGAAGUGGUUUCGAGAGUGACAUGGGAAAGAGUGGAUAGGAUGAACGAUCGCUGAGCGACCCGACUGCUGCCACGGUGCCUCUUCUACGUGUGUAAUUCUGUACAUGCGCAAGGUAGCCUGUACACAUUUCCGUGCUUGUGCUCAUUUUCGACAUUGUCUCGAUAAAACACUGUACACCGGCGGCGGCUGUCUGCUGCGCCGUGGGACACAA